UGACCAAAUCAUUUUUCAUAUACGUUUAACCCAUUUUAUGAAUAUUCUCUCCUCCACUACUUCUUUCCACCAACGAUGAUCCCCAAAGAAGUUGAGCCGCCGCAGAAAAAGACCAAGCUUCCACCACCACCACCUUUUCACCAUCAACCAUGUCUCUCCUUCUCUUCACUUCCAAACGAUAUCACUUUGAAUUGCUUCGCACGCAUCCCAAAAUCUUAUUACCCUAAAAUCUCCCUCGUCUCCAAGAGCUUUCGUUCUCUCCUCUCUUCCUCAGAGCUCUAUGCCGCACGCUCCCAAAUGGGUACCACCGAGAUCUGCCUCUACAUCUGUCUAGAGUACUCCACCGAGCACUUCGUGAAUCCAUCUCCACGGUGGUUCAGUCUCUUUGAGAAACCUAAACGAAGCCUAACCGAUGGUAGGACUAAAGAGAAAACAAGUGGAAACCUCUUGGUUCCUAUUCCCAAUCACUCUCCACCUCCUCCUCCGCACGCAUCUUCGACAUUAAUGAUUGGCUCGCAAAUCUACGUAUUCGGUGGACCAUUGGACGAUAACUUAAGACGCUACUCCUCAGCUGUUCGGGUUUACGACUGUCGGAUUAAGACGUGGCGAAAUCUUCCUAGCAUGAAAAUGGAGAGGUUUUAUGCGUCUGCAUGUGUCCACGACGACAAGAUUUAUGUAAUGGGAGGAUGCAUGGCUCGGUCUGAGCACCUAAGUUGGUUUGAGAUGUUCGACAUCAAGACACAGACGUGGAAAACCUUACCGCCGAAUCCUGACCUUAAUGUACGGUUGGGAUGCAGAAAGGUUCGCAAAAUCGGUAUGGUGCAUGAAAAGAUUUACGUAAAGACCGAGUUUGAGCUCCGUGAUUGGGUCUAUGAUGUGAAGGAAAAGAAAUGGAGUUUUGCGGAUAUGGGCUUGGGUGUGAAUUGGAGGAGCUCCUGGUGCGUGAUAGACAAUGUGAUGUUUUCUUACUCUCGCUUCAUGAGGUGUGUGUGGUAUGAUUUAAAGAGUGGCACGUGGAAAGAUGUGAGAGGUUUGGAAGUGCUGAAGAAGUAUCGUAGCUUUAGUUAUGCUCAUAAUGGUAGCGUGGUUGAAUUAGUGAACUAUGGUGGGAAACUCGUGAUUAUUUGGGAUAGGUUUGAGCGGCGUGGUCGUAGUCAGAACAAGAAUAUCUGGUGUGCGGUGGUUGCGUUGGAAAGAAUCCAUGAAGGCUUUUGGGGGAAGAUUGAGUGGUUCGAUGUUGUGCAUACUGUCCCCAAGUCGUAUGAGUUCUUGCGUUGUCUACCCGUUUCGGUUUAAUUAGUCAAGCUAGCUGCUGGUAGAGUCAUUGUU